GAAAGAUGGCAUCUCAACAAGAACGAAAAGAACUUGAUGAGAAGGCAAAGCAAGGAGAGACUGUUGUUCCUGGUGGUACUGGAGGCAAGAGUCUUGAGGCUCAGGAACAUCUUGCUGAAGGGAGGAGCAAAGGAGGGCAGACAAGGAAGGAGCAACUUGGGACAGAAGGGUAUCAGCAGAUGGGUCGUAAAGGUGGACUGAGCACUAUGGAGAAGUCAGGAGGAGAGCGUGCUGAAGAGGAAGGUAUUGACAUUGAUGAGUCCAAGUUCAAGAACCAGAACAAGUGAUCCAUGAUCACUAACAUGUGUUUUAGUAUAUGCUAGCUAACUUCAAAGUGUGUCAAAAGUAGUUUGGUUUAGGAAUAUCGUCAUGAUGUUAGUUAUAUAACUAACUAGUGAUCAAAGUGUGUCUUGUUGUGUGUUUUAGUAUGUGUAAUAAAUAGCUAGCAUGUGGUAGGGUAGUUGAUGUUAAAGUGACUUAGGUGUGUUUAAUUCCAUGAGUGUCUUUUGUGGUAGUGAAGACAUGAAUCUUUGGAGGUAUUGCCUUCGUUUCCACGUAACAUGUAUGUAAUGUUAGUGUUUAGUCAUCUUAAACGUUGUGUUGAUGC